UCUAAGCAUAAUUAGAGGAAAAGCUUCAACAAUCCAAGCAAAUGAAGAUAAAUUAAUAAAUCAUCCAGAAUUUUUUCCCCUCUUUCAGGGCCAGCUCCAGACGCAGCGGAAAGAAUGUCGGAGAGGCCCGCGGAUGACGUCAGAGAAGAGCCGCUUAGAGCGGCAACGGCUGCGGCGGGUAGAGCAGUGGCGGCGGGUAGAGCAGUGGCGGCGGCCGCGGCCACCAGGCAGCCGAGGCAGCGAAUCCGGCCGGGAGGGAGUAGCGGCGGUACCCGCAGCAGCAACAUCACUACUACCGCCACCAUCAUCACCACUACCACCACCGCCCCGGCCGCCACCAGCAGUACUUCCAUCUCCGUAGAAGCAAUGGCGACUUUCGGAGAGCGUCGGUCCCUGCCCAGUCCCGAAGCGAUGAUUGGACAGCCCUGGAACCACUGGGUAGAGGCUGCAAAACUUCACGGGAAUGACGGGAUCGGACCGGGAACCGAAUUGGAAGAAAGUUUCAAGGAGUUUGGGAAAAAUCGUGAGGCAAUGCGGCUCAGCAAAGAAGAUAUGCCUAUAUUUGGUCUCUGCCCAGCCCAUGAUGAUUUCUAUUUGGUGAUGUGUAACCACUGUAAUCAGGUCAUAAAACCACAGGCAUUUCAAUCACAUUAUGAAAGAAGACAUAGCUCCUCCAGCAAGUCAUCUUUGAAUAGUCCAUCUUCUUCAGUAUUUUCCAUCUUUUCUUCACUGUCUUCAAAAAGCAAAGGUAGCAGUGCAAGUGGAAGUAGUCGGUCAUGCAGUGGAGGUAUUAUUAGUGCAUCAUCAUCAUCAUCCAAUUCCAAGUUGUUGAAAUCACCCAAAGAAAAGCUGCAACUCAGUGGAAACAAUAGGCCAAUGCAUCCUAUGCAGCAUAGCAAAAUUUCCCAUGAUAAAAUCUUGACACCAUCAGUCAAAGUGGAAAAGAUGCAUCCAAAGAUAGAUGGUGCACUACUGAAAACUGCUGUUGGGUCAACUUUUUCUACUACUGUGAGUUCCUCAAUAAAGACUGGCCUUAAUUGUCCCUCAAUACCAAAGCCACCCUUGCCUUCCCCCGGACAGAUAUUGAAUGGUAAAGGUCUUCACCCUACACCUUCAGUUUUGGAAAAGAAGCCAGAAGAUCAUUCAAAUAACAGGAAGUUUUUACAUAAAAGAUUAUCAGAGAGAGAAUUUGAUCCUGAUAUCUAUUGUGGUGUCAUUGAUGUGGAAACCAAGAAACCGUGCACUAGGUCUUUGACAUGCAAGACACAUUCCUUAACCCAGAGGAGAGCUGUGCAGGGCAGAAGAAAGCGAUUUGACGUAUUGUUAGCCGAGCACAAAAGCAAAACCAGGGAAAAGGAAUUGCUUCGACAUUCGGACCAGCAGCAGCAGCAGCAGAUGCCACCUCUCAGGGAACCACAUCCCUCCCCUUCUAAGACGUCACAAGAGCUGCACCCAAAUGCUCACGGAGUGAUUCCUCCCGAAUCAAAGCCUUUAGUACUUAACAAACCCAAGCCUCAUAACCCCAGUCUUCCACGGCCCCCAGGCUGUUCGUCUCAAUACAGUGGGAACGUCCCUACUGACUCUCCAUCAGUCCAUGAAUCUCCCCACCCUCCCAUGCCUGCCACUGAGCCAGGGUCUCGGAUAUCCAGUGAUGAGGGAGAAGGUGAUGAAAAAGGUGACGAAAAAGAAGAGCCUGUUGAAAAACUGGAUUGUCUUUAUGCUGAUCAUCAUCCUCAGCCGGCGUCUUUUUGCACAUUUGGGAGUCAACAGAUUGGAAGAGGUUACUAUGUGUUUGAUAAGAAGUGGAACCAUAUCCGAUGUGCCCUUAACUCCAUGGUGGACAAGCAUCUCAAUGCCCAGAUGUGGAAGAAAAUUCCUCCAGCACCUAGUAAUGCCGCCUCCGUACGGGUUCCUCACCGGACAAACCCCACGCCGAUGUCUCAGUGUGGUGUCAGCACCCCAGGUUCUCUUUCAUCGUCCACAGUCUCAUCAUUGCCAGGGCUGAUUUCCCCGUCCUGUGUCUCUCUGAAUAGCAAAUCGAUACCACCACAUGGAACUACACUAAGUGCAUAUCCUGCUGCUUUGAGUGCAAUGGAUCCUGUGUGCAGUAUGCAAUCAAGACAAGUGUCUUCAUCCCCCACAACACCUUCAGUGCUUUCCUCAGUACCUUCACCUAUGUCCAGAAAACCUCAAAAACUGAAAUCCAGCAAGUCUUUUAAACCUAAGGAGUCUGCUGGUAGCAGUACUGACUGUAACAGUACCAGUGGUAGCAGUAGCGGCUCAGGAAAGAAGCGCAAAAGCAGUACCCCGCUGUUAGCACGUUCUUCUUCCUCUUCUUCCCAUUCCACAGAGUCCUUUAGGAAAAACUGUGUGGCGAACUCUGGAAACUCUGGGACCUCCUACCAUUCUUCAGUGACAUCUUCGUCCCAUAACGUUGGUCUCAAUUGUAUGACUAAUCGCGCUAACUCCGUCAGCCUCAGACAUGACCAAUCAGGGAGGGGCCCUGCCGAAUCGAUUAAGAGGAUGAGUGUGAUGGUGAACAGUAGUGAUUCCACGCUUUCCUUGGGGCCGUUCGUUCAUCAGUCCGGUGAACUGACUGUCAAUUCACACAGCGGUUAUUCUCAUUCACAUACUCCUCUAGACAAACACGUAGGAAAGAAAAGAAAAGGCUCACCCAGUUCAAGCAACAUCCACAACAGUAGCAAAACCCACAAGGUUGCCAAAUUGCCAUCUAUGAACAAUGUUCACCCGAAACACAGUGGCUCCAUCCCAGGGACGCAAGGACUGACUAACAAUUCUCUUCUUCAUCAGCCAAAGGCACGGCCGUAGCAGCUGGAAAUACCACAGUGAGAAAAGAACUGGACAGUUUUCACUACAAGUAAAACCUCUAUCUGGCACUCUGGACUCCACGAUGCCUUUGAGUUUAUCCCAGCUGCCCAUGGUCCUCAGGUCUAGAACUCUUCUGGACUGCUAUUUUAAUGUAGAAUUUCCUGAAGCCAUGUCUGUAGCAGUAAAUAUCUCUUAAUAGACACUGGAUCAAGUUCAGCCACAGAAUUGCUUUUGUCAGUGUUAAAAGUGGUCUGGGCUGCUUGCUACAAUUCUGUGAGAUUUUCCUUGCAGGAAAAAAAUCAUAUUGCCACUAUUUGACAUAGAAUGGCGGGGUAGAAGAAUGUGGUGGGAUGAACAUUGCUGUAGAUUUAUUUUUUUUUAUUUUAUUUUAUUUUUUACACUGAUGUCUUCUGUAGGUCACUAACCAGCAGUUAGGCAAAAUGAGUUGAGAAGCCUUCUAAGGGAAUCACAGAGUGGGGCACAGUGAACGAACCUUUCAAGAAGGGACUAAGGCUUUAGGAUUUUUAUUGCAAUGUUCCAGGAAUGGAAUACAAAAGGGUAGCAUAACUCAAAAAGACAAAACAGCCUAUAUUCUGUCCCGUCUAUUUGCAAGUAAUUUGGGAGAAGAAGCUGCCAGGAGUUGUAACUUUUAAAAGUUUGUUCAAAGCCACUGAUGCCCAGUAAAAGGACAAUAAAGUAUUGGGGAGUGGGGGUGGGAUACUUUUUAUGAGACAAAACAUUCUAUAGAUUUUUUUGAAGAUUCAGGUUAAUAGGAAUAUAAAAAUUUUAGUUUUGAUAAAAGAUAACCAAAUGCAAAGAAUUAAUAUGGGGAAAAAAUAUCAAGAUUUCCAAAGAAAUGUCAUUUCUCAAAGGGUAGAAUGAUCCAUUAAAUCCGUAUGCCAAGGGAGAUUGGCUUGUCCCUCCCACAGAGUCUCUUUCUAAGUUGCCUUUCUAAGAUAAAAUUUUGAAGAGGCAGAAAGGGGGCUCUCACAUUUAAGAUGUAAAAUAUUUUCUGAGUGAGUCUCAGCAGGGUCAGUACUGUCCUAAACUUUCCAUAUUUGAAUACUAUACUGGAAAUCUGUUUUCAUAAAUUCAGCCUUGAGCUCUUUGUGUGUGUGUGUGUGUGUGUUGUGUUGUGUUGUGCUUCUAAGGAUUUUGUGGGGGGCAGAGGGGGAAUUUUUAAAUGUGGCAAAAAUCAUCAGCCGAGUAUCAUUCAUUUUUGAGAAUGCCCAUGUUGCUCAGAAGUUGUAUAAUACGUUUGGCUCAAGGCAGCCUCAAAACAAAAGCCUUAAAGGGCUUAAUGUUGUCAUUAUUCAGUGCUUAGGAAUCUAAGUGGUUUAAAUGACCAGGCCCUACAUAUGGUAUUGUUGGGAAUCAAUCAAUCAGUGGUAUGUAUUGAGUGCCUACUGAGUGCAGAGCACUUUGCUAAACGCUUGGGAAAGUACAGUCCAACAGAGUUGGUAGACGUGAUCCCUGCCCACAAGGAGCUUACAGUCUACAGGAGCAGCAACUGUUUGUUGAAGUACUCCUGUCAGGUGCCCAGAACCUAAUGAUGUAUUCUCUCCCCCCACCCCCCACAAUCUUUUUGGGGUCACCCUCAGAACCGCGUUAGGGAACUUCAAGCCAACAAACUUUGAACAAGUUCUCUGUCAGUUUAUUAAUGUGAAUUUGCUACAGAAUGCUUAUAAGGUGUUUAUGGAAUGGUGACAAUAGCAUAUUAUGCAGACACUUUAGUUUUACACUUAUGUAAAACAUGAACUUUUGAAGGGAGGUAAUAUAACCCCUUCAGUAUACAAUCAGUGAUGAAAAAUGAAUAAAGGAAGAAGCUUAGCAAGAAGUGCUAGACAAUUGAAGUGUUAGUUAAUCCUGGAAGAAAGCAAAAAGGCAUAUAUAAUGUUGAAUCCAAAUCACUGUUAGUUUUUGGCUGCAAAGUGCAAUUCUUUUUACGUGGGUAGGCUUCAAUUUAGUAGUGGGACUGACAAUAAGAAAAUGAGUUGAUUUUAAGCGAUAGAUUCAUGAAAAUAGUCUGAAAAAUCUACUUGAUGGCAAUUCAGAACAUUGUAGCUAUUCAUAAAAACAAAUGUUAAUUGCUUUUAGGUUUUCCAAGACAUUGGAAAUAGGAGUUUAGCCUAUUUUUGAAUACUGCCUGCCACAUAUGCACACUUGUUCAACCAGUGCUGUCAUAUUGAAACUGCUUGUGAAGCUUUUAUUUUCUCAUACUGUUCUUUCAGAUCUAGAAAAAGUUAAGACUAUUUAAAAUUCAAUAGCACAAGUACCUUUUGAUUUAAUCACCAUGUAAAACCAAAUUUGCAGUGGUUGGUUUGUUUCUAGACAGAUUUUGGUAUUAAUUUAAAAGUGACACUUUUGUAUUCUUUGCAACCGAAGUUUGACGACUUCUGCAGUUUUCUUAACCUGUUAAAAAAAAAUUGCUGCAACCAUGAACAAAGAAUUAUACAGAAACCUACUUUUAUAUCUUUAUUUUGGAAUUUCUUGUUCUAUUAUAAAUAUUGAAUAUCCCUAUUUCAGAAGACAUAUUUUGUUAAAAAUUGAUUGUACAUUGAAUAUGUAUUUUUGCACAGGUCCUUUUUUCUUAUAUCCACUUUUGGUACAAUUGAAAUCUAGUAUUUAUUGAUAAAAAAAACUAAAUACCUUUUUAUAAUUUGAAGUGGUUCACUGCCAAGCCAAUAGUACUAGAUCCUGCCUACUUUACAUUAAGGGACGCCUCUGUUUUGUGAAAGUUGAUGUCCCUUGAAACGUCUUGUGAGUGGAUUUGUACAAAUUAAAUGGGCAUUGCUUUUUAUUUGUUGCCCGAUUUCCCAGAAGACUACAUUUAGCUAAGUGACACACUGCUUUUCUUUUGUUAGUUUAUGGUGGUGGAUGGUUGUGUGUGUGCGCACGUGUGUUUAUGCUUGUCAUGUGACUGAAAACUAUUGGAAAAACUGAAAGUGCCUGAUACCUAAUUUUAAGCUUGGACUGUUGAGACAGACUGUCCCUAAAAGACUUGAAUGUUUAGUUGAAUUUUUUUUGGAGCUUGCUUUUUCCAUCUGUUUUUUUUGUUGUUGUUUGGUUGGGUGUUUUUUUAAAUUUGAGAGAAGGAGUUCAAAAAUGAUCAUUUUAGGAAGUGGUUUAAAAUAAGGCCUCUUUUGUUUAAAGCAACCCAGCUGUAAUGCAUUGUCCACUAAUGCCAAGGAUUAGGACUCCUUUCAGCCAGCAUUUUCACUCAGAAGAAUUCAAAAUAGAAUAUGUAAAAAAAAAAAAUUUUGUAUUUCAAAAGCCUAAUACAAAAAAAUACCUCUGAGAAUUUUGUAAACAAUUGUAUAAUUUGACAGAUAUACCAUACAAAGGAGUUGUCUUACUUUAAGAGUUCUCUUGCCAAGGAAUUUCUCUUAUGUCUCUCACUUGGUCUGUCCUGGGGAAAGGAGUUGAACUUAAAAUCAUUGUUGAAAGUUUCACUGAGCAGAAAAUUAUCAUUUUUACAUCCUGUGCAAAAAUUUUUUUUUCAGAUCCUCUAAAAUGAGCACUACAUACUGUCAAUGUGAAUGUAGGGCCUUGAAAGCAUUUUGCUCUGUUGUGAGCCUGGUUCUAAAAGCAAUCUCCUGUGUAAAAUGUGUGAAUAGUUUGAUCAUUUGUAUACAUAAUCAAAGCAUCUCAGCUGGACUUUGUUUUGGCUGCUGUUUAGAACAUGAACAAAUUUCAUGAUAGAAAAUUACUUUGGAUAUUUAAGAGAGAAGAAAUAUAUAGUCUAUUUGUUUUGUAACAAGUUUCUGUAAAUAAAAUAAUUUAUACUAUUUAUAAGAAAAGGUUGUGCUUUGCUUUAUGAAAAAUUAGUUUGUUGAACAAACAUGUUACUAAAAUAGGCAAUAAAAUUAGGAUUUCUCAAUAAAUAAGCUUGGUUGCAUAAAAUUUUAAA